GCCUUUCUGAUGUAGCGGCAGCAUUCCUGUCGGUGGAGCGCGGGAGGGGAGUGACCACACACUGAUUCCGGAGAAGCCCAUUAAAGAGUCCAAGACAAGCCAGCGAAAGAUAAAUGAAAAGUUUGGAAUAAUCAUGGAAAAAACAUUGAACGUGUCGCAUUCAGAAAGCAGUAAAGGAAAGUGGACCGCGGAUCUGGGGAAUCCCGCACACAGACAGGCAAGAAGCGGCUCGUAUAGUCCCGGAUCAGGAGCUGUCUCGGACACUCACCCGUCUCAGACCCAAAAGAGACACUUGGAGGGGGUUUUGAACAAAUACACCAAUUUACUACAAGGCUGGCAGAACAGGUAUUUCGUGUUGGACCCUGAGCUCGGCCAGCUUCAGUAUUUCAUCAACGAGCACAGUAAGAACCAGAAGCCACGAGGGUCCCUGCCCCUCAUCGGCUCCUCAGUGGCCCCAAGUGAUGAGUUUCCCUAUAUGUUCACAGUCUGUGCUGCAAAUGGAGAUUUCUUCAAACUGCGGGCUUGUGAUGCACGUGAGCAGCAGAUGUGGAUGACCCAGCUUCAGCUCUGCGCCCGUCGCCACUCAGACGGCAGUGCCAAGGGCUGCACCUCCUCCUCCUCCUGCAACACCUCCUCUUCCUCCUCCGCCGGCCGGACCCGCAGCUUCUCCCUGCACCCGCACCCCAUCCCACAGUGCUCCUCCAUCUCCGCCCAAAGACAGACCCCCCAGCAUGGGAUGCCUGCCUCUGUCAUCACCAUCACCCACCACAAGUCUCCCACCGCCAGCCAACGGGCCUGCAGUCAGCAUCCUGCAGAACUGCACCAGGUCAAAGAGGUCAUGUCCCAGGCAGAAGGCCAACAAAAGAACCUGGUGAAUUCCAUCGAGUCGUUGCCGAGCCGCGGGCCGCUGUCCUCCUUGGACCAGGACCUGCUCCUGCUCAAAGCCACAUCUGCAGCCACACUCAGCUGUCUGGGAGAAUGCCUGAGUAUCCUUCAGCACAACGUGUGCCAGGCGGCCCAACACAUCACCCACAGCCACAUGCAGGGAUCGAAUACAGAUAACGUCUCUAAUUGGUCAAGGCCCAAAACCACCUCAGAAGGCCAUGUGAAGAUUGGAGAAUUAACAUGUAACAACACCGCAACUACACAUCAGCCCCACUCUCCGCUUCACAGGAACAAAGAACGGCUCAAAGACACGGAGAACUCCAGCUCAGAAUCGGUGGACUCCAGCGAGGAGAUCACAGACACAGAAGAUAAUGAGGAGGAAGACCUCGGAGUCCUGGAUGACCAGAGGAGCAUCAUCCUCCAUCUGCUGUCUCAACUCAAACUGGGCAUGGACCUCACACGGGUGGUGUUGCCCACGUUCAUCCUAGAGAAGCGCUCUCUUUUGGAGAUGUAUGCCAACUUCAUGGCCCAUCCAGAUGUGUUUUUGGCCAUCACAUCUGGAGCGACAGCAGAGGAACGCAUGAUCCGGUUUGUGGAAUACUACUUGACUGCUUUCCACGAGGGUCGUAAAGGUGCUGUGGCCAAGAAGCCUUACAACCCCAUUCUGGGAGAGAGCUUCCAAUGCUCAUGGGACGUACCGCAAGAUAAGGUGCGGCCCCUCAGGACUACCAGCUCAAGUCCAGCCCCUGCGGCUGCUCAUUCCACCCAGACCGCCUCCAAUGAAGGGUUAGGAUCUUACCGGCUACGUUUUGUGGCUGAGCAGGUGUCCCACCACCCCCCGGUCUCUGGAUUCUACUGCGAGUGCAAAGAUCGGCAGAUAUGCGUCAACACCCAUGUUUGGACUAAAAGCAAAUUCAUGGGCAUGUCCAUAGGAGUGUCAAUGGUUGGAGAAGGAGUGUUACAUCUCUUGGAGCAUGAUGAGGAGUACGUGUUCACGCUGCCGUCUGCUUACGCUCGCUCCAUCCUCACAGUGCCCUGGGUGGAGCUGGGCGGAAAAGUUUCCAUCUGCUGCGCCAAAAGCGGAUACUCUUCCACCGUCACAUUCCACACCAAACCCUUCUACGGAGGGAAGGUCCACAGAGUCACGGCUGAGGUGAAGCACAACCCCACCGGCACCAUCGUCUGCAAGGCUCAGGGGGAGUGGAACGGGACGCUGGAGUUCACCUACAGCAGCGGAGAGACCAAAGUGAUUGACACCUCCAAACUGCCAGUCAUUAAGAAGAAGAUCCGGCCGCUGGAGAAACAGGGCCAGUAUGAAUCGAGGAGGCUGUGGCAGCGUGUGACAGCGGCACUGAAGGCCGGCGACAUCGAUGCAGCCUCUGAACACAAACACCAGUUGGAAGAGAAGCAGAGAAGAGAAGGGAAGCAGAGAACGGCCAGCAGCACCACCUGGAAACCCAAGUACUUCAUUAAAGAGGGGGAUGGAUGGGUGUACCACAAUCCUCUAUGGAAGACGAAGUGAUGAAGUCAAGCUGGAGCCACAUGAUUUGGGUCUGUCACAGACUGUCAGCCCUGCGGAUGGGAGCGUCCAUGUGAGCAAGGGGCUGGCCGACCAAUGGGACUCGAGCAGCAGGAAAAGACAUUGAUCCAUUUCAACUCCUCUCAUGGAGAAUGCAAGGUGCCAAAAACAAAAAAUGAACUUGAGGGUGGCAAAAAAAAAAACAAACAAACAAAAAACUCAAAAGCCCCUCUGGAUAAUGAAGAUUUGGAUGUGGAGGCCUGAAUUGUGUGACCUUGUGCAAUAUCUUUAUAUUUGUAUAUUAAUUCUGGUAAUCAAUACUGAGUAAAGUGUUUUUUCACGCAGGAGAGAUGUAGCAUCUGUAUCAGAGUAUAAAUGUUAUAGAACUGUUAUUUUAGAACACCGUAAAGGCAGAUAUUGAUGCAAACAGCAUUCUGGGUAUUCGUGAGCAGUGAUGUAUUCAUGUUCAAUAGAGCUCACCUCUCAUGUUCUUACCAUUUUGUUUGAAUGACUGACUCAAUCUUACCAUACGAGGACAGUAAUGUGCUUCAGUUAAACCUCCUGAAGAAAGAAUGGAUAUAAGGAAGGAAUAGAUUUUAAAAUCAUGUGCAAAUGUUUUUUUUCCCUCAUGAUGAUUUAGUAAGGUCAGUGAUAUGCAUGCAGUGUAGACACUUCACUUUUCAUUAAAUCCAAGUUGGUUUCUAAAAAGUAGAUCUUCAGGAGUUUGACCUUUUCACACGGUUUAUUUUUUAACCACACAACACCAUGUUUUUUUUUUUUAAACCGAGAAACCAAAACUAUUUCUGCAGAAUCAAAUGCUGUUGGUGUUACUCGGCUCACGUGGUCACACAUAUACACGAUAAAAAUAAAAAUGCACAUUGUAUUUAAUCCUAGCUGUUUUGAAAUAAAUCAGGAGAUUAGACUAUUUUUGGGUUUUGUCUAAUUAGUUUCAAUUAUUUGUAAUUUUUCAAAUACAUUUGUCCAAAUAUACACGUAAACAUCAUAUAGUAAUUAACAGGGUCACACAUGUAGACAACAUUGAGCUUUUUCAAAAGACAAGUUCGUUUGAGACCAAAUGUUGGUUACUGGAACAUACAUUUCCCAUAAAGAAACAUAUUUGAAUCUUGAGCAAUAGUUGAACGUAACCAUGUGGUUAAAUAUACUAAAUGAGGCCAGUGUUGUAUACAGACAUUCGAUGUUUAAAACUAGCUAUGGUUCAUUUUAUGUUAGAUAAUCAUUCAUCUUAACAAUACAAAUAAUUUAUGACUUAAAGAAAAAUGCUUAAUGUAUACAGCUUUAGUAGAAAGUGAAAUGCAUUCCAUUUACAAUGUAUCUAAAGUAGGAAAAAGCAGUUGUCAGUUAAACUGGCUUGAUUUUGCAAAUCUAAAUCAGUUAGUGUAAGAGUAAAGCCACAAAUUCUGAUAUCACUAAUCAGCUUCCCCCUCAGUAUUUUCAUAACUAGGACAAAUGUGAGUAAUAUUUUUAAAACCAGCUGAACCACAACCAGUUACAUAACUUGCUCCUUUUGUAACUUCCGUAAUAGGCACAAAGUGUCUCGACUGAAUGAAGAUGAGUGCCUUGGAGCGUCUGAUGGAGACGGAAAAUGGUGUAUUACAGCUGCACUGGUCUCCGUACCAGUGAACACAGAGCUUUGAUCAAAACACUGGCCAUCAGCACACACACAUAAUAGAUUAUUAAAGUAGAUUUCAGGUAUAUGAAAGCCAAUUUAACAUUUUUACAUGCCAUCAUUUGCUCCUUUUGACCGCAAUUAUACUGUGUGGUUGUAAAAACCAUAUUUCUGCAUUAAAACGUAUUAAAAUGUAAUUGUAUUCUGACUAAAUAAAUUCUAAACAUGAAAAUCA